GGCGUCUGUUUUGUUUUGUACGAGCGGCAGGCUGGUUCACAUUUUUGUUUACUAAGUUGAUCCGGCUACCGCGCAGCCAGCUCCUCGACGCUGUUACGUUUUUCAUCUUGCCCGGUUGUCCCCGUUUGUGCUCUCCACAGAUGGCACGAGUUCCUCGAGACUGCAAGCCUGCUCUCUAGGCUCUGCGAACGGUGUGUGCCCGCCAUCGGGCUGACCGGCUGCUUCAAUGGAGCCGGGCAUGAGCUUGCUUGGUGCCGCUGAUGAACUGAAGUUCGACAUCGACCACGAUGAAGAAGACGAGGCUUCUGCAGAAGUUAGGAGAAAAGCAGAAGAGCUGCAACAAGCAGUUGCAAAUGGCUUUGAUGACCUGGAGGGACUGUCAGAUGACGAUGAUGAAGACCUUUCUGCUGACCAGUACUUCAAACCCCCUGGAGUUAUUGGUUAUGGUGCAACAACUUCUACUCCAAAUCAGGACGGGCAGAACUACGCGAGGAAGCCUUUUUCCACGCCACACUAUGGCGUGGCCGCCCACCAGAACGUGCCUGGAACUCACGUCCCCGAGUUCAACACGUAUUCCGACAACUACACCAAUGGCCUGGAUCUUGGGAGUCCUAUGCUGCAGGGCUACGGCAUGGGUGACGGCUUGAAUGGAGGAAGCAACGGCAUGCACCAAAAUCCUUCUGCACCCCUGAACGGUCAGCAGCCUACUCAUUCCCACGGGACUGCCUUGACAAAUCAGUCAGAUGACUAUGUUCAGCUCGAAGUGAUGUACAAGGCACGAACGAGAGAAGUCGAACGACUCAAGUUUGAGCUGGAAAAUGUGCGAGAGUCGUCUAGAGCGGAGAUCACAUCAUUGCAGGACAAGGUGACUACCUUGCAAGCCAGUGCAAAGAUGUACAUGGAGAACUGGAACCAAGCAAACCAGGCCUUAGCAAACAAGACCACCGAGAAUGCCGAGCUGUCUGUCAAGCUUUCCACACUCCAGAACCAGCUGGAAAUUGAAACUAAGUGCAGAGAGGAGCACAUUGAGAAGAUGAAAGUGGCGGAGGCCACCAUCAAAAUGCUGCAAGAGCAGGUUUCAGAGUUGAGCAGCUCAGAUGCCCUCGUGCACCUGAAGAGAGACUAUGAUAACUUGUUGCAAACACGGAAGCAGAAACACCAGGACGAAGUGUACAACUUGAACGAGAAAAUUGACGAACUGAGCCGAAGCUUGGCCGCAAAAGGUGAUGAACUACGGAUGUGCAAGGCUCGUUUCGAGGAGCGCGAGAGGCAGUUUGAAGCGAGGCUUUUGGAGAAAGCUGACACCAUCAACCAGCUCACGCAGUCGCUGAGCAGCAGCCAGAAGCAGUGCCAAGAGUUCUUGGAAAACCGGACACCCCACGAAUCGAGACAGCUCCUUGAGCAGUUCCAGGUCCUCCAAGAAGAAAGGGGCAAGGAGAGACAGAGAUUAAAACGACUAGAGGAGGGAGUCGACGACCUCUACCAGCUUCUUGUACCCAAGGCAAACAUGGCGCUCUGCAAUCCUGAACUGUCAAAGAGUGACGACAACCUAGCGGCUCGGUCGCUCAGUAAGCCAUCCUCUGAGGAUCCUAUGUGGAAGGUGCGCCUGUGCUGCCGUGAGGUUGGCCACCUUCGCUCUGAGGUCCUAAGGGCAAGGGACGGGCUCUCGCUCGCUGACAAAGAGCUUGACGCACUCAGGAGAAAGCUGGAAAUGGCAGAGAAUGAAGUAGCGAGGUUACAGGAAAAGCUUCAGGGCAGAGAUGGUUCGGAAACAGAGUCCCAGUUUCAAGACAUGAAGGACGAACUGACAAGGAAGGUCCAGACCUUGGAGGCCAAGCUGUGUCAGGCUGAGGCUGCCUGUGAGCAGCUGAAACAGCAAGAACGUCAGCUCCUGCUUGAAAGAGAGUCUUUCCUAAGGUCCUGUGCCGAAGACAAGGCUCAGGCAAUUGAAACGUGCAAGAACUCGAUCCUGGAAAUGCAUCAUGGUGCGAUGAAGAGGCUGAGGGAAGAGCUGCUGUCCUUGUCGGAACGUGAAAAGGAGCAGGUCAUCCGAGAAUACGAGGCAAGAAUACAGGAGUUGAACUCCAAUUACAGCACCUUGCAGCAGACCAUCAAUGACGUGAAAGAGCUCUACAUAAGGAGUUGUGAAGAAAAACGUUUUCUUGAGUCCCAGAUCCAAGAGCUGACUAGCAGAGAGGAAAUUAUUAAGCAGGACAUUGAAGAGAGGCUUCACAAGGAGUUCAAAGAAGUCCUGCAGAAAGCUCGGCCAGUGUGGGAGGAAGAGAUGAUGAAGGACUUCAAGCAGCAGCUUGAGCAGGAGAAACAGAAGUGGCGGAAGGGCUUUGACACCGAAAAACAGGCUGCCCUGGCAGAACUGACGGAGCGGCUUGCCCGGGAGUGUGAGCAGCGCCAUUCUCAAAAGGCUGAAAAAGAUGUCCAGGAGCAAAAGGAAGCCUUGGUUCAACAGAGAGAGAUUCACCACUGGAAAGAGACGGUGUCUAAGCUGCAAACACUGGUUGAAGAAAAAGACUGCGAGCUGCAACAAGCGCUGGCUGCAUCGGCAGAGAGGGAGUCACAGCUGAAGCAGAAGCUGGUGAAGUUCCAUAAGAAGGUUCAGGAGGUGAAGCGCGAGGGCAAGGAGCAACUGCUUGCUCAGGAGAAGCAGCAUGCCGACAAACUGGCGACGCUCACCACGCAGCUGCAGCAGCUCCACAUCCAUCCGCACGAUGGCCUCACGAGUAGCAAUCAGAAGAGCAUGGUGGAAAUGAUGGAUAAAUGGAGUGCCUGGUUUAUAGAGUGCCUGGACAAGGUUUACAAGGACAUCUGCACUUACACAGAGCAAGCGGAAAAAGCGAAGAGUUCCGAGAUGCGUCAGCUUCUUCACGGCUACCAUCAGUACCUCCUCACGCAACAGCUGCAGAGUGACGAGAACAUUCCACCAAGACCAGCGGCCACACCUCCGUUGCAACGGCUGCAACCACAACCACGAACUACGCCUCCAGAGAGACUUUUCACCGGGAAGUCUGAGCACGCGCGCUCGAUGUUUCCCUCUCGUCUCGCCUCCAGGAGUGUGAAGGACUCUGCGGCGAAGUCGCACUCCAAGCCGGUGGACUUGGACCUUUCUGGUGUUUCGGACGGAAGUGUGUUUCUGCCACCGCCUUCUCCCAUCAAAACGUCAUAGUUCAGCGUGAGAGUGCCAGCUCGAAUUCCUGCAAAUGUGUGAAGUGCGUGCAUGUGUGGGAAGCACAGAAUCCCGACUUCAUUUCUCUCUUUUUCGUGUACAUUUAAAUCCAAAGGCGUAGGUACCCGAAAAUCUGCCUAAUUGCAGCUUGCGCAGGUUGCAGAUGUGGAAUUUUGUGCGAUUUCCAUACAAGAAAUGCUAGAAAUAUGCAGUUACGACAAUGUGUGCAGUUCCAUUUCAUUCGGAAUGAUGAGUGCUUACCAUGGUGCCAACGGAGGCGAUAGUACCCUGUAAACAAGUGCCAUGAAAUCUGAUGUAAGUCGGGAAAGUACAAAUGCGUUGGUACUGCCUUUUGAGCAGGUUGUUUGUUGUGUGUGGCUAGCAUGUGUAAAAAGUUUGUACAGCCACUGCAUAAUUUUACCCUUGUCCCAUGGUUUCUGUGUUGGUUGCCAAGCACUGUGUAUACAGGCAGACUGUAUUUUCGUGACUGUUUAUGAAAAAAAAGUAAGCCUGAAAUGUUUCAUUGAAGCUGUUCCUAUUUCCCGUUGUAUGCUGCACUGUGUGGUAGUUAGGUUCCAGUUGCAUUGCACUUGUGGUUGUAAAUACACCGACGUUAAAACACCUCCGUCAUUUACUGUUUGGCAUGGAACAUCGAGCACUCCCAUUUUAUGACUGUAUUACCGUAUUAUGGAAACUGUGUUGCAAAUUGUGUGCAAACCUGGUGAUGUGCCAUUUACUCAUUUUGUGUAGUUCACGUCAUCCUCAUCAGUAACAUUCACUCAUUCUUACUCCUGUGUCGUAUCCUUGCAUAUAUUUUAUAAAACAUACUCAUGGGGGCUCCUAGCACAUGCAGGGAUGUUGACAAGGCCAUAUACAUGGCCCUGUUUUCACAUUGUACUUACAAAUUUUCUUAUUUUAUGGUAUCUCGGUGGUGAAUUGAACUAGCUAUACUUGUGCACUUUAUGUGUAAGACAUAUUCUCACGUUUUCUUAUUUAUCAUGCGUAUUUUAAGCUCAGUAUUGAAUGCAUUUACCACUUUGGUGCCAAGGGAAAUCCUGUUAUUCUAGUGCUUUAUGUCUAAACCAUAUGCUGUACAUACCUUCUUCCACUAUCUGUACUUUGAAUGGUUUCGGUUUUGUUGUUUAAUCUGUUGGGAGUUUUAAUUUUUACUUUACAACCUUUCCUGUUUUUCUUUAGGCUUUUAAUGCAAUUUUACCUGUGGGAAUGCAGGUGAAUAAAACAGCAUUAUGAAAAUGUUUUAAUUUUUAAAAUGGGACUAGGUCAGUAGACCUGAAUGUUUUUUUUUUUCAUGCUUUCACAGGAUAUAAUGCAUUAUUGUGGGAUUUCAUGCUUGAAUACAUACACUGUUUUGCUAAUUUAUAAAUCCAGAAUACCCGCCACGGUGGUCUAGUGACUAUGAUCGAAUCCCGGCCUCGGCGGCCGCAUUUCGAUGGAGGCGAAGAUGGUUGAGGCCCCGUGUAAAGUUCGAAAAUCGAAGAUCCCCAUUUAGGUACACAUUAAAAAACACCAGAUGGUCAAAAUUUUGCGGAGCCUUCCACAACGGCGGUCCUCAUAAUCAUAUCGUGGUUUUGGAACGUAAAAUUCCAGCAAUUUUUAUUAUUACUAGAAAUCCGGAAAGUUGCAGCAUUAAAACAGCUUUUUUUCUCAACAUACACUGCUUGGAUCAUCCUAUGUGCCAAAUUUCACACGUUUAGGCUGCGGAAUGCAGCGCUUUAUUAAUACUUUUUCUUAAUGACGAUCUUUUAUUACCGCGUUCCGUGGGAAUCUUGAAAUAGCUUACUUUCGUGUUGACAGCUAAGGAAAACAAAAGUGAAUUGACUUCGCGGAUUCAUUUUCAAUUUACCUGCGUGUGUUUGCGGCAUCUCGAUGCAUUUGAAUAAACUAUUGUUACGAACCUUG